AUGACAACAUUACGUGAACGCCAACUCAAUGCUCUAAAACAGAUGCUUAACUUGAACCAACCAUUAACAAAGGCUGUAGCAAAUGAGCCUACAUGGAAAGUGCUUGUUUAUGAUAGAGUUGGUCAAGAUAUUAUUUCUCCUCUCAUAUCAAUCAAAGAACUGAGAGAAUUAGGUGUAACUUUACAUGUACAAUUACAUUCUGACCGAGAUUCUAUUCCUGAAGUACCUGUCGUUUACUUUUGCGCUCCAUCUGAAGAAAACUUGGGUAGAAUAUGCCAAGACCUGGAUAAUGGGAUAUAUGACCAGUACCACUUGAACUUUAUAUCUCCAAUAACUCGGCAAAAGUUAGAGGAUUUAGCAGCAUCAGCAAUUCAAUCUAACUCUGUUAUGAGCAUUCACAAAAUAUUUGAUCAAUAUCUAAAUUUUAUUUGUUUGGAAGAUGACCUAUUUAUUAUGAAACACCAGAAAUCUGAUUCAUUGUCUUAUUAUGCUAUAAAUAAAGGGGAUACAAAAGACACAGAGAUGGAAGCAAUUAUGGAUGAAAUAGUUGAAAGCCUCUUCUCAGUGUUUGUUACACUUGGCAAUGUUCCGAUAAUUAGAUGCAGUAAAGGGAAUGCAGCGGAAAUGGUAGCAAAAAAACUUGAUAAGAAGCUACGAGAGAAUCUGUGGGAUGCACGGAAUAAUUUGUUCCAUGGACAAGCGGGGACAUUUAGCUUUACUCGACCCAUGCUAAUAUUGCUCGAUAGAAAUGUAGACAUGGCAACACCAUUGCAUCACACUUGGACUUACCAGGCUUUGGCUCAUGAUGUUCUGGACUUGUCCUUAAAUAGAGCAGUGGUACCAGAAAGUUCUGGACCAGUAAUACCUGGACAAAAAACCAAAACUAGAAUAUGUGAUUUGGAUUCAAAAGAGCCUUUGUGGGCGGAACAUAAAGGCAGUCCUUUCCCGACCGUAGCUGAGGCCAUACAGGAAGACUUAGAUAAAUACAGGAGCUCAGAGGCAGAGGUAAAGAAGCUAAGGACUUCAAUGGGCCUAGAUGCAGACAGCGACAUCGCCCUCAGUAUGGUGAGCGACAACACCCAGCGACUGACGAGCGCUGUUAACUCCUUGCCGCAGUUGAUGGAGAAGAAACGUCUCAUCGAUAUGCACACUACUAUCGCUACAGCAAUAUUGAACGCAAUAAAAUCCAGACGACUCGACUCGUUCUUUGAAUUAGAAGAAAAAAUAAUGAGCAAAAGCAGUGGUGUUGAGAGUAAAGCAGUAAUGGACCUGAUAACAGAUUCUAGUGCGGGCACUGAAGAGGACAAGAUGCGUUUAUUUAUAAUCUAUUACCUGUGCACCUCGCAAAUACCUGAGGAGGAAUAUAAGAAGUUUGAAAAUGCAUUGAUAGCGGCCAACUGUGAUACUAAACCUAUGUUGUAUAUGAAACGGUGGAAGGGAUUCACGAAAAUGUCAAGUCAAGGUCAAUACGAAGGUGGAGGCACUAAAACAGUUUCGAUGUUCUCUAAAUUGGUUUCGCAAGGAUCGUCCUUUGUAAUGGAGGGCGUUAAAAAUUUGGUUGUAAAGAAACACAAGCUGCCAGUGAGCCGCGCGCUGGAAGCGGCGCUGACGUCGAGCGAGGGCGAGCUGUCGUGGCUGGACCCGCGCGCGGCGCGCACGGACGCGGCGGCCCGCGCGCGCGCGCCGCGCCACCCGCCGCCCACCGACGCCGUCGUGUUCGUGGUCGGCGGGGGCAGCUACAUCGAGUACCAUAAUGUUGUUGAUUUCGCUAAGCAACAAGCAGCAAUUGGACAAUCGAGAAAAAUUAUAUAUGGCGCCACGACUUUGCCAAACGCAUCUCAGUUUCUGAAACAGCUGUCUUUAUUGGGAGAAGAACUUCAA